CCCAAGAUGGAUACACAGCGUUUGUUUUCGCGCAAGGGGGUGGAAAUCGGAAAUCUGCUGUACUUUUGUGCACUUUAAACAAACCAAAUAGGCAUUAUAGCCGAUGGAAGUGGUCCCAGCAUCCUUCCAGCUCCUCUAGGCACCCGUUCCAGGGCGCGGCGGACAGUCCGUGCCAGCCAAUUGGCGCAGAGGCAUCGGCAGAGCGAAACCAGCUGCUGUUUGGAGUAGCAAAAAUAAACCAGAGCACAGCUCCCGCUCCCGAGCACACAAACGAUCCCGAUCAGCCUCGAGUAAGGGAGCACCGACAGCCCAUUGUUCUGACACCGAUUCUAGAUUGCCCGGCCAGAUCCGACUCAGCAAUCUAAAAAUGGAGUGGACGCGCGAGAAGACGCUGCAGCUGAUCAGUGAGUACCGCAGCCGACGCGGGCUGUGGGACAUGACUUGCGACGAGUACCGGAAGAAGGACGUCAAGCAGCGGCUCUUAAACGAAGUCAGCCAGGUGCUGGGCGGGAACAUCCCGAUCAACGAGCUGGAGAAGAAGUUUCACACGCUGCGCACGCAGUACCACCGCGAGAUCAGUCGCAUGAAACGCAAGGAGCCCUACAACUCCAAGUGGUUUGGCUUCAAGAACCUGGUGUUCCUCAGCUCGCCCUACGCCUGCCGCUCCACAAAGGGUCGCCUGAAGGCGGAUCUGCAGGGCGACGAGCGCAAGUUUGCCCUGGGCGAGGUCACCGCCGAUCAUAACAGCGACAGCAGCACGCCGGCCAAUCAUAACAGCAAUACGAACGCCAACAUGAACGAGGAGUACCUCCGCAAGAACCACGCCAGCAGUCGGGCCCAGGAGCUGGAGAAACUCAUCGAGGAGACAACCAAAGACGUGGACGACAUUGAGGAGUCGGAGCUGGAGGAGGGAGAGGUCAAGCCUAAGCAGGCGAAAGAGAUGAGUGUCCGCUUUGUAAGUCUCAACGAACAGGAAGAGACGGAGCCGCUGGAGAAUCACCAUCAGACCCUGAUGGACCUGCACCACCAGGGCAACGCCGUGGAAGCUGUCAGCUUCCAGGCCAAUGAGAGCGGCGAACUGCACUACCAGACCACACCAUCCCAAAACACGGGCAGCAGCUCGGUGCACGUAAUGCCCACAAGAAUCAUUAAAAUCCAGCGGCGGGACACGGCGGGUGGGCAGGAGGAUAGCUACUUUGAGGAGCACACGCAACUGCAUCCGCCGCCGGUCAAACGAAUGUACUACGAAGCCAGUCCAGCAUCGCACAACACCACCUCCAUUCUGUCCCCCGCACUGGAAAGUAGUGCCAACGGCACAACCAGCAGUGUGUUGACCACCUCGCCCGGUAUAACGAUGAGUAACCUGCGCCUGCCCAAGGUAAAUACGCCGCCGAAACAAGUGCAGGCCCAAGCCAUCCCCAGUCCACCUCCGCCCACCAUUGUCAGCCUGCCGCCAGCGCGCGACGAGUUCGCAACGUAUGGAGAGUACGUGGCCAACGAAAUGCGCGCCAUCAGCAAUCGGGAGGUGCUUGUCGCCCUCAAGCACCGAAUCAACACGGCCAUUUUCGAGGCCAACAUGGCCGAAAUAGCCCCGAAAUAGAUUGAUCACUUAGCUAGAGCUAUUAACUACAACUUUAGGUUUAAGGCCUUUGUCUCUGUGCUUUUUAUAGGCCUCGUCCCCCGUCACUUGUAUUCUCAUUUGAAUUUGUACAUUUAACAUAUAUGUAUGUAACGAUUUAAAUACUAAGCCAAAUAUAAAAUUUAGUGGAA